AUGGCCGAGAAGAACAUUUGGGUCUCCGCGAGCGAUGGCGACAUGGACGCUGUCAAGGCGUACCUCGCUGCCGGUGUCUCCGUCGACGCGCAGGACGAGAAUGGCUACACGCCUCUGCAAGCUGCCGUGAGCUACAACCAGGCCGAGCUCGUCUCGUACCUCCUGGCGCAAGGCGCCAAGGUCUCCCUCGGUGACAACGAUGACGAGACGCCGCUGCACUUUUGCGAGAGCGUCGAGGUUGCCGAGCUCCUUCUCGAUGCUGGCGCCGACCUGAACGCCAAGAACUCCGAUGGCCGCACGCCACUCGAUGCAGCCUUGGAUGAAGACAACGAAGAACUCCGUGAUUUUUACGUGAACCGCGGCGCUGAGAGCUCGGGCAUUCCAUCGGAAGAGCAUGCGACGGAAGAGCAGUUGAAGGCGCUCAUGGAAGGCCUCGAGAGCGGUCAAAUUUCCCUCGCCGACAACCACGAGAACGAAGACGAUGCAUAA